CUAGUAUCGUAUUUCUUAUAAUACCCAAGCAAUAUACAAUAUGCAAUCUGUAGGUUUGUGAGUUGUCAGAAAUCGCAUCAUUGACAAACAGUGUGCUUUUGAUAUAAGGAGUUAAAUCCAUGACAUUAGUCACGAAAGUGAGGCUCCAACAGCAACAGGUACAUUUUCCCGAAAAGUGAAUUCUGGGAACAUUCUGAAUUUAAUUAGGCGUGUCAUCACACAAGUGUGACAGGAUUCCUGAAAUAUCUAUAGAAACUUGAUCUUACUGUGAGAAGGCUAGAAACCACAAGCAAAGCAGAUUUGUUCGCGACAUUGGUGGCAUAAAUUUCAAGUUCCACCGACAUGAUAGACGCGGUAAAGGAUUAUUUAGCUCCCAAGAGAUUCGGUGUGGUAGCCUAUGUAUGUCUGAUAGUUCAUUUCCUCUGUGGGCUGGUAUUAACAGCUGUAACGUCGGUUUUAAGAGCGGGAGAGACCGAGAAAUUUUCGUGUUUCAUUGAUGCCAAGACUACAAUAGUGUGCACGAAUUACGUCGAUAAAACAUGUUAUUCAAGGUACGAACAGACUUAUAACUCCUCUCUACCUUUGUACGGCUUUAUUUUACUGACUUCUGGAUUCACAGUCCUUGCCAGCGUCAUAUACUCACUGGGAGUAAACGCUCGCAUCAAGGAAGUCGACACAACCUCGACUGAUGGAAUUGAUGAACCUAGAACCGAAAGCAAAGAAACGAGCCAAGGAUUUUAUGUGUUCAACUUCUAUUUCGUCCACCUUGUUGUCCGUUCCCUGUUUGGAAUUGUGUUCACUGUUCUGCAACAUACAGUAUUUUAUCCCCGUGGUUUUGAUUUCGAGUUCAGUUGCAAUCUACCGACGUCAGAUGUAUAUUUGCAGACAGGAAACAAUACGAGUAUUGGCAAGUUAAAUAAUACUUCAAUAACAUGCGAGAACUCUACCGCAUCCGAGAAGCAGUUGUGGAGCGUGAUCGUCUCUAUACUCAACACCGUUAUUGCUGUGAUAAUACUUGGGGAAGUGAUACAUCUUUUGCGAAGGUUUCCACUCCGCAACUGUCGUUCUGAAGCUGGCUGGAGCUGUGACAGGGAGUUUAUUACUGUCUAUCUUCUUCGUAUAAAUCGAUAUGCCCCAGUUGACGUUCAUUUACUGCAACUAAAAACCGCUCCAGGUAAAGACAUUGCGGACACUCCAGAAAAUAGCGCUCCAGACGAGCAUUUCAGUGUAUAGUUAUGCCGAUAGUGGUAUUGCGAACAGUAUAGCAUUCCAGAUUAUGAUAUCGCGGACAGUAUAGAAUCUAGGUAAUUAUAGCAUUCCAGAUAAUAACGUUGCAGACAGUAGCACUCCAGAUAACUAGAAAUACAUGCAUGCACCGCCACUCGCCCUUUCCUAAAAGAGCGACUAUAAUUUCAAAAUACUGAGCAUUGACUUAAUAUUAACUGAUUAAUGUGAUUAAGGUAUAAAAAUAAUUAAUAAACGAUAAGAGUACGACAACACUUGAACUAAAUUCCAUAGAUUCUUCAUUUAUCUUGUAACGAUAAACCUUAUAUGGUAUUAUUGUAUUGAAAGCGAAUGUAAUCUUAUAUAUCUUAUAUGUAUUAUUAUUAUGUAAUCUCUUAUAUACAGGAUGUAUAUAAAAAGAAGUAAUUCAACUUAGGCAUAUUAUCGUGCAUUAUAUUAUUACGUUUAGCC